CCAGCGGCCGGAAACGCCAACCCGGAAGUUUGGGUGCGCCCCGUGUUGCACGUGAAAGGAUCACUGUGGUGUGUUGUGGGAGGCGUACUAAGAGAUCCUGGUCAUGAGCUCCAGGGUAGCUGUGGUGGUUGGCGAGGCGCAGGCAGCGGCAGGGGAUGCUUCGGAGGACGAGCCUUGCUUGUCUGACAGCGCGAGCGAGGAUGCCUGGGAGGAAGACGAUGAUGACGAGACGAAGGGACCUGCGCUGAGGACCUCCUGCCUUUUCUGUGACAGAUUUUUCUGUUCAGCUGAGGAUGCUUUUUGCCACUGUACAUCAGACCAUGGUUUCAACAUUGGUGAGGUGGCUUAUAAACACAGACUUGAUUUCUAUGGAUACAUCAAACUAGUAAACUUUAUUAGGCUGGAAAAACCAUCUGUAGAGAAUCUUAGUUCUAUUAAGACCCCAUUUCCUUGGGAGGAAGAAAAAUAUUUGAAGCCUAUAUUGGAAGACGACCUCUUACUCCAGUUUGAUAUAGAAGAACUUCUUGACUCCACUGAUGUUUCUUGUCCUAAGGGACUAACUGAGGCUUCAUCUCUCCUUGAGCGUUUGAAACGUGCAGAGCACAAAGCAGAGCUGGCAGAAGCAGCAUUGGCCAGAGCCCAAGAAGAUCUUCAAAAAAUGAGACGGUUUGCAGAGGAUUUUGUGAUGAACACAGAAGUCAGAAGUGGCACCGUUGCAGACCUCAAGGAGGAUGAGGAGGAUGUUUACUUCAGUUCAUACGGGCACUAUGGGAUCCAUGAAGAGAUGAUAAAGGAUAAAGUACGCACAGAAAGCUAUCGUGACUUCAUAUAUCAAAACUCCCACAUCUUUAGAGAUAAGAUUGUCCUGGAUGUCGGUUGUGGAACUGGAAUCCUCUCCAUGUUUGCUGCCAAAGCAGGUGCAAAGAAGGUGAUAGGAGUGGACCAGUCUGAAAUUCUAUAUCAAGCUAUGGACAUAAUUAGACUCAAUGGACUCGAAGAUACUAUUUGUUUGAUCAAAGGACGGAUUGAAGAAGUCAAUUUGCCUGUUGAAAGAGUGGAUGUUGUCAUAUCUGAGUGGAUGGGUUAUUUCCUUCUCUUUGAGUCAAUGCUGGAUUCUGUCAUUUGUGCAAGAGACAAGUACUUGGCAAAAGGAGGCUCAGUGUAUCCUGACAUCUGCACCAUUAGUCUAGUGGCUAUCAGUGACCUCAAUAAACAUGCAGACCGAUUAGCUUUCUGGGAUGAUGUGUAUGGCUUCAACAUGUCCUGCAUGAAGAAAGCUGUAAUUCCAGAAGCUGUUGUGGAAGUCUUAGAUUCAGCCACACUUAUAUCUGACGCUUGUGUCAUCAAGCAGAUAGAUUGCCAUGUUGUAUUGGUUUCAGAACUGGAAUUUUCAUCAGACUUCACUCUGACAGUCACAACAACUUCAGUAUGUACAGCAAUUGCUGGAUAUUUUGAUAUAUAUUUUGAAAAGAAUUGCAACACACCAGUAUUGUUCUCAACAAGUCCCUGUUGUACCAAAACACACUGGAAACAAGCAGCAUUUUUUCUGGAGAACCCAAUUUCUGUUGAAGAAGGUGAAGAACUGAAAGGAAAGAUAACAGUCCACAAAAACAGAAAAGAUCCACGCUCCCUCAUCGUAACGCUUUCAAUUAAAAAUGUGAAACAGGCAUACAGUCUUCAGUGAGGAUUACCCCACAGGUGGCUUUGAAACACAUUCUUUUUAAAAUGUACCUGAUAGCUAUUUGCAGGCAGAUACAUCUCAAUAAAACAUCAAAUAAUUCUGUUCUGCAGACCAUUUCAUACAAUCUGGAAAGCAUUUCUCGUACGUACAUGAACCCAUGAGGGAAUUAAGUUUGCUGCAAGUCUGCUAUUGUGUACAUUACUAACAUAUAUUCUAAAAAUACUUUUGAUCCGUUUGUGAAUUAGACUGUGGGGUGUGUGUGUGUUGUCCAAGUCAUCUACUGAAAUAAUGGACUCAAGUUAUUCAUAACUAAAAGUCCACUGAUUUCUACUCUUGAGUAUGACUUAGUCAAAUGCCACCCUUGGAUAGCUUAGUUUUAGGAACAUAGCCAAGAUUCUUGACAGUGCAAGGAAUCCUAUGGGACUUCUAAUAAAAAAAUUCAGUUUAGGCUUCCCUUGGAUAGGCAAAAGUUAUUAUUUAUCCUCAAGUAUUUUUAUACUAUAACAUCUGAAAAAAUAAACACACUUUUUGUAUUGACACCAUGCAUUUAUUAUGUCUCUUGAUUUUCAUAGUGAGUCACCUAUUCAGGCUUUAAGAAAUUAGUCUGGUUAAUUCUUUGUUUUGCAAACUUGUCACACUUGAUAUUAUAUUCCCUUUUACAUAUGGAAUAAAAUCUGAAUACCCAUUCAGAUUGUCAUAACUUAAAUCCAUGAACUGUUACAAAUAAAAUGCACAAUAUAUCAUGUUGUGUUCCAGACUGUUGCUUGUCAUAGAGACAGAAUUGCUUGUCAGAGAGAUGGAGAGAACCACAAAGGUAAUCUGAUCCAGCCACCUGCCAAUGCAGGAAAUCCACUGUUGCAACACCCCAGUAGAAGUUCUUUAAGGCUGCAUGUCCACCUAUGAAUGAGAGUACACUACUUUCGGAGGCAGUCUCUUCCACUGUGUAACAGAUCAUAUCGUCAGGAAAUUCUUCCUGAUGUGUAAUCUAAACCCCUUUCUCUUGAAAUUUGAACUCAUUGGUCCAGGCCCUACCCUCUGGAGCAACAGAAAACAAAUCUGGUCUGUCUAUGUGUCAGCCCUUUAAAUAUUUGACGAUUGCUAUCGUAUUUCUUAUCUAGGCUAAACAUCCCCAGCUCCUUACAUUGUUGUUCUCCAGUCCCCGUACUGUCUUUGCCACCAUCCUCUGGACUCAUUCUAGUUUGGUGAUAAUCUCUAUGUCUUUGCACAUUGGCUGGAAAUCCAAAAUACUUUUCAAGUCUUGCUCUGUCGAGAGUGGGCACACUAAUACAUUUCUGGCUAAUUGUCACUAACUGUCCCACUCACAGAAUUUGCUUUCUCAACCAAAAUCUUUGUCCCUUAGUUUGCCAACCCCUUUCCAAUCAGUGCAUUAUCAAAGAGACUGGUUCUUUUGCUAAAUCCUUACAAGUGGUACUAAUACUUAAAAUAAGAUCUCAAAUUAAUCACAUCACUAAAUAGUUUAUUAAUGAUGCAAAGCCACAUAGGCUAUUAAAGCUAAGAGGUUUGUCAUUAGCUGAUGUAACUACAGUUUGUGCCGACUGUUUUUAUAUUUAAUGAUUCCUUUAGCUAUUUAAGGCAAUGAUUUGAAUAACCACUGAAGACUGAACAUUUGCUGUGUAUAGGCACCAGGUCUGGUAAUCAUGAAUAAUGUUUCAGAUAAACUCCUGUAGCUAAUAUUCAAGAGUUACUCAGAAUGGUCAAAUACUCCAGGACAAUCCCAUGACCAUUUGCAUCUGCUACCUAGUAUUUUGCAAUGGGUUAUACAGGAAUAGUUGUUCAAAAUUUUCACUUAAUUGGGUUAACAGUCCUAAACAAUCAUACCAUUAUACUCAUUCAGAUAGCUUAUAUCAAGGAACAGAUUUAGAUGAUCAAAUGUCCUG